UUAACUUGAACAAAAAAAAAAUGUGAAAUGAAUGGAGUAGUAACAGCACGGAAAACUUGUAAAUUCACUAGCUGACGGAAUCCGUCAACUCCAACACACCUGUUCUGCUGUGAAUCACAGCCUGUGAUAACAAACAAUAUAAUUAUAUAAUAAUAAUUAUACUCUAUCUCUCCACGAAAGUGAGAGAUAGAUCUUAAAUUUCAUCUGGCAUUCUAUUUACAUAAGUCGCCACAACCAUGACCGAAUUUCGGAGAGAGAUGGAACAAGAGGGAUUUUCCCCAGGGGAGUUUGUGGAACGAUUGGCCUGGCGCACGGUUACAUCUGGUGGUGACUUUGACGCCGAAGUCCUUCACAAUACUUUCUCUGGUGCGAUGGACGACCUGCGUGGGGUUCUGGAGAUGCAGAGGAUAAAGUGCACCCAAUUGGAAGGGAUACUCACUAAAGAGGAACACCAUCUCCGGACACGGCUUAUGCUCUUGCUCCAUCGAAAUUCUUCAUCAGCCGAAAAUCUGGGCUUAUUAGAAAAGAAGGUGAACACUGUCGCCACAAAAGUAGUUCAUUUAGGAGAUCAACUUGAAUCAGUAAAUCUUCCCCGUCAAAGAACAAGUGAAGCAGCAAAGCUGAUGAAGCAUCUAGCAGAUUUCCUUCAACCAGGAACGAUAUUGCUGUCAGAUAUAUUUAGGGACAAGGAGAAACUCUAUGACGCAGCAGAAAUUAUUCAGAAAUUGCAGAUUAUAGCACAGGAUUUAUCAAGCAGUGGUUCAUCCUCUGCGAAGUUUGAUGCAGCUGUGAAGAAGAUAAACCAAAAGUACGAUGAGAUUGAAAGGAUGCUCAUUGAAGACUUUGUAAAUGCACAAGUUAUCGACGAUCGAGAUAAAAUGAAGCAAAUAACUCACAUUCUGUACAAUUUCAAAGGAUACUCACAAUGUGUAAACGCUUUUAUACAACAAAGUCAAGUGGGUGCAUUUAAAGCAAAAGAUGUAUUUGACGAUGUCGUGGUGGUUUGUGACCAAUAUAAACCAAUGGUCGACCAAGUAUUCCCAAAUCCAGGACACGUAAUGGGAAAAUUUGUGGUUCAUAUAUUUCAGGAUCGAAUUCAAGAAACAGUAACCAACCAAUUAUACGAAAAACAAAUCACACAGGACAAGUUUUUAAGGAAUUUAGCAAUAUUAUACUCGAAAACAAAAAAGAUUGUGAAACAGCUCGACUCGUUUGACUUGGGAAAUGACAUGUCAUUCCUUCAAAAAAUUACCGAACAAAUAUUUAGACCUCAUUUAGAAAGCUACGUAUCUGUUGAAAUUAAAUACCUUCAAACAAAGUGUUUUCACAUCCUCGCCGCAUACUACGAUAAAUUAGGACAUCAAAAGCGAGCAAUCCAGUCAAGUUUUCAAGAUUUUCGUCGUGACAUUCAAGCGGUGAUUGGUACACGAGCAAACAUAAAUAUUGCACAGAUUGAGAAUUAUGGUGGAGAAACGUUCCUGUCAGAAGAAGUUGCAAUUAAUUUGCUUCAAGAAAGCAGAAUGGCAUAUUCUAGAUGUGAUUUGUUAUCAAGAAGAUCCGACGUCCCUUUGAAUGCGAGUCAAAUAUUUGACAUCCUCUCACAAAGCCUUCUCAAGGAGCAUGUGGAUUAUGCUCUAGAACUUGGAUUGCAGGGGAUACCAAUACCAGAAGCCAAAAAUCAACCGGAGAUUUACUUUUUUGCUGUGGUCAAAAGUUGUAAUGCCAUUGUUCAUUUGUAUGAAAAGGAAUUUGUAGAUUCAUUACUCCCAUUAAUUUCGGCAUCGCCGAAGCUGAGCGAAUGCAUGGAAAAGAAAAAUGCAGUAUUGGAACAAAUUGAAAUGAAGUUAGAUGCUGGUCUGGAUAGAUCCAUUGAUACCAUUGUGGGCUGGGUCAAAGUAAUUUUGCAAUCAGAACAAAACAAGAAAGAAUACUUUAGGACAGAAACGUUCAAUGAGAACGAACCUUUAAAUGCUGUUUCUCCGGCAUGUAUGAAAAUCGUCAGAUUUGUGAAUUCACAAUCAGCAAAAAUGAAAGAUUCCAUUGAUGGACAGAACAUUGAAGCUGUUCUUCUGGAAUUGGGGACUCGACUCCAUCGAGUUAUUUAUGAGCAUGUCCUCGUGUUUCAGUACAGUUCGAUUGGUGCCGUUCGAAUUUUAUGUGAUAUUAAUGAAUACUUAAAGUGUGUGAAAGAGUUCAAAAUUCAAAUAGUAACAGACAUAUUUGAAACGCUGAAGAGUUUGUGUAACUUGUUUUAUGAACUUCCAAAGGACUUGAACAGAAUUUUCAAUCAUGCUGACUUGAGCAAAAUCGACCCAAGUAUAAGAAUGAACUUUGUGCAAUUAAGAACUGAUUUCAAAACAGCAAGACUACAAUUGACGAUAAGUUCUAAUACUAACAAUAAGCAGUAGUAACCGAACACCAAAGCUUUGGUGGUACCUGAAUUAUAUUGAUGAAAAUAGUAAGAGUUCCAUGUUCCAAUAAGCGAUGCAUGUAUGCUUAACAGCACCAAAGAUUUUUCAAGUAAGACAAAACGUGUUGUAUUUUAUUAUAAUCCAUUGCAAAGUCUAAUAAAAACUUACAAAAUA